UUAUCAUCAUUAGUUCAAACUAUCUACUCUGCUUGUCCCAAUACAACAAAAAGGCGUAUAUUGUGACAAUCAAUAAUUGGAAUCUCCUGAAAUAUCUCAGAUUUGAAAGACUUCAGUUUGAAGGCACAAGGUUGGACUAAAGCUAGCAACGGUUUCUGGUAUCGACUUUUCGAUGAAACAAUGAGUUAUCCAGAUGCAAAAGAAAGCUGCCAAUCAUUCAAUGCUAGACUUGCUUCGGCGGGGAUAAGGGACGCAACUGUCCGGCAGAAACUACAAAAUGGAAUAUUGGCUUCAAUUUCAUAUUGCUGGAUUGGACUGGAUGACGUUACACAAGAAGGAAGAUUUAUUUGGUCCGAUGAUGUCGAUGACUCAACUGUUGAUCAUUCCUUGUGGUCUUCUGGAGAACCAAAUAAUCACAAAGGAGUUGAAGAUUGCGCCCUGCUAUUUAGAAAAGAUAACAGGCUGUACCUGAAUGACGGUAGAUGUACGGUGGACAUAUUAGAGUAUUUGUGUGAAAAAAUAUAAUCAGAAAAUAUAUUAAAAUGGUAUACUUUCAU